CAGGUAAGCUUGGUGCCUUUUCACACCUCAAGAGGCGAGGUACUUGGCUAAUGUACAAUGGGGAAAGAGAGGGGCAAGGAGACUCUGGAGCAAUCUGGUUGGCUGGUUGGCAGUACAAGGUACCUACCUACGAAAAAGGAACGUACCUUUCUGCAGCUGCUUCCGCGCUGUUAGGCCAGAGCGAAUGGUGUGAACUUGAAAGAUGCAAACUGCUUGUUCCGCUCGCUACCUUAUCGAACCUUGCCUCUUGCCUCUCGACUGCCUCAAGGGCCAAGGUAUCGGGGGAAGGAGGACUGAGGCGGCUGGGAUGUCAAAUCCGCGUAGUGGCAUUGCGGAUAGAUGUCCCCAAGGUUCAAACAUCCUCCCACCGCUCUGCUUAGCAAGCCUGGCCUCUCGUCGCCAUCCAUGUUCCGUGGAUUGCUAUUCGGGAACCACAACUGCUCACAUGUCACUGCAGGCAGAUACACCAAGACCAGGCAAACCAGUCACUCAGCCAAGCCAGGCAGCCUACGACACCUCAGCUUGCCUCUCUGGCUUCACAUUCGUCUACAUAGUACACCAUCACAGCGGGCCACAGGCGGCAAAAAAGAGAAAUCAUGACCAUGGAAGAAGCUCGAAAGAGGCGGUCAACAGCCACCACCACGAAAUAGCGACCCGGCAGCUUACAAUGCCAUCAAUGGAAGCUGCUCCAACCUUCUUUGCCCCAAUCCAAUUCAUUGUCCACAACCAUGGCCACGGCCACGUUCACCUCUCGCUGCCUCGACUCCAUCUUCGUCUCUAGUGCCGUCCAAGAUAUUCUUUCCUUGACUGGACGAACCGGUCGAGUCAUCAACUUCGCCUUCGCCUCC